AUGCUGGCUCCGUCCGUCCGUCCGCUCCUCUGGCUGUUCGGCUGCGUGCUGUUCCGAGGUACUACAGCCUCCGCAGACCCCUCUGUCCAUGCUGUAACAGAGCCCUCAGUAAAAUCAACACCACCAACCGACUUGAAUCUCACCUCUGUCGGUCAAACUACCACAGCCAAAUCCUCUUCCAUCGCUACAACACUGCUAGCAUUGACUGCACAAGAUGAAAUGUCUAAUGGGAGCAGAAGCACAGCAGCUUCACCACCUCAAGGUCAAGAGCCCAAGAGAAGUGAGUGUACCACAGCAUCAGCAACUCAAGGUGCUUUCUCCUUUCUCAUGCAGAGAGAUGGCACCUCAGAGCCAGUCACCCCAACACCGACAUCCUCUGGCUACUUGCCUGUGCCCACUCCGACAGAUGACAAAUCACCAUUGACGGUGGCAGCUUUUGGUGUCAUCAGCUUCAUAGUUAUCCUGAUAGUGGUUGUGAUCAUUCUGGUCAGCGUGGUCAGCCUGAGGUUCAAGUGUAACCGCUCAAAGGACUCAGAAGACAAACAGAAACCAGGGACCUCCAUGGUGUCAGAGAGCUGCUCGGCAGGCCCAAGCCAGAAGGAUAACAGCAUCACUCUGAUCUCCAUGAAGAACAUCAACAUGAACAACAGCAUGAGUUACCCACCGUCAGAAAAGGUGCUAUGA